UGUGACUUCUGGUUCUUCAUCAACUCGCCAAUCAGCGUUGGCUGUGUGGGGGCGGGCCCAGUGGUUCCCUAGGUUACUUGUGUGAUUGACAUACAGCCUCCUGCAGCGGAGCACGCGGCAGUGUAUCACUGAUGCUCUUGCUUCCCCACGGAGAAUAGGGAGAAACCUGGAAGAGAGGAGAGACGGAGAGAAAACACAAGAACAAGAGGAAUGCUAAUUAUUGAAAGUCGUUUGCUCUCUUCCUCCUGAUCUCCUUACUGGAAAGAUGAAAGCUGGAGUGCUGGAAGAAGCCAGCUGAAGGAAGAAGAAAGGAAGGAUUCCUGAAGGAAAGGGAUCUGUUGAAAACCUAUAUGAAGACGAUACAAGAUUCAACAAGAGUUCUGCUACUGACUGCUUAAAUGAACGACAAAUGUAAGAAAAUGUUCAGCAGAGCGUGAUACCCAUAAGGCCUUGCAGGGGCCCAGUGGGCGGGGUUACAAGGAGGCAGCAAUGAAUCUGACCAACCAAAGGCCGUCACCUGGGGAUAUAAGCUCCGCCCAUAACUGAUCUCCAGGGUGACAACUGGACCAUCACCUCAUACGCCAGCAUUUGAAACCUCAUUGGGCCACAGAACAGUGCAGUGUCUGGAAAUGACCACAAAGCGGAAGCUUAUUGGCCGGCUGGUGCCGUGCCGCUGUUUCCGUGGCGAAGAGGAAGUGAUCUCAGUGUUGGACUAUUCUCACUGCAGUCUGCAGCAGGUCCCCAAGGAAAUCUUCAGCUUCGAGAGAACUCUGGAGGAGCUCUACCUGGACGCCAACCAGAUUGAAGAACUACCCAAGCAACUUUUCAACUGCCAGGCCUUGAAGAAGCUGAGCAUGCCUGAUAACGACCUGUCCAACCUGCCCACCACCAUUGCCAGCCUGGUUAACCUCAAAGAGCUGGACAUCAGUAAAAAUGGUAUUCAGGAGUUUCCAGACAAUAUAAAAUGUUGUAAAGGCCUGUCUGUGGUGGAGGCCAGUGUCAACCCUAUCACAAAACUCCCAGAUGGUUUUACGCAGCUCCUGAAUCUCACCCAGCUCUUCUUAAACGAUGCCUUCCUGGAGUAUCUGCCAGCCAACUUUGGCAGACUCUCCAAACUACGGAUCCUUGAGCUGAGAGAGAACCACCUGAAAACCAUGCCAAAGUCCAUCCACAGACUGACACAGCUGGAGAGGUUGGAUUUGGGUAGCAAUGAAUUCUCUGAACUGCCUGAGGUGUUAGAACAGAUCCACAACUUAAAAGAGCUGUGGCUGGAUAACAACUCUAUACAGUCUAUACCAGGGACGAUAGGGAAGCUUCGUCAGUUGCGGUACUUGGACUUGGCUAAGAACCGUAUUGAGACAUUGGACACAGAAAUUUCAGGGUGUGAGGCCUUAGAAGACUUGCUGCUGUCCUCCAACAUGCUCCAGCACCUCCCUGACUCUAUAGGAAUGUUGAAGAAGCUGACAACACUGAAGGUAGAUGACAACCAGCUGACCUCACUGCCUAACAGCAUCGGGAGUGCGAAGCCCAAGCAAGGUCUGUCUUUGUUGGAGGAGUUGGACUGUAGUUGUAAUGAGCUGGAGUUGUUGCCGCCCACCAUUGGCUACCUGCACAGCCUGAGGACUUUCGCUGCUGAUGAGAACUUCCUCACAGAGCUGCCCCGGGAGAUCGGUAACUGUAAGAAUGUGACAGUGAUGUCAUUGCGGUCCAACAAACUGGAGUUUCUUCCCGAUGAGAUCGGACAGAUGAUCAAACUACGAGUGCUUAACCUUAGCGACAACAGGUUAAAGAAUCUACCAUUUACCUUUACUAAGCUGAAGGACCUGGCAGCUCUGUGGCUUUCUGACAAUCAGUCCAAGGCUCUGAUUCCACUGCAGACAGAGGCCCACCCAGAGACCAAACAGAAGGUUUUGACCAACUACAUGUUUCCUCAGCAGCCACGACACGAUGAGGAUUACCAGUCAGACAGUGACAGCUUUAAUCCUACUCUGUGGGAGGAACAGAGGCAGCAGAGGAUGACUGUGGCCUUUGACUUUGAGGACAAGAAAGAAGAGGAGGACAACUCUGGGAAGGUCAAGGUGGAAAUAAAUCUAAAACGCUACCCAACCCCCUACCCUGAGGACCUCAAGAACAUGGUCAAAUCAGUGCAAAGCCUUGUGGGUAAAAGUGUGCACACCGGACAUGGGCACCAGCACCAGCUGAGCACAGGCACUGUUACCUCGGCAGGAACCAACAUGGAACACACACACCUGAGCAAAGAACCGUAUGAACCACCGUGGCCCCUGCCUCCAAAAGAGGUGACAGACAGAGAGAUGCAGGACUUCUCUCAAACUCAGCUAAUGGAUCAGGGACCAAUGCAUAACUCUGGCAUUGACAUUCCCAAAAGGAAGGACAAAGAGGAUCUGACAGAAAGCUCCGAGGACUCGAUGGGUGGCUCCCCCAAUGACAUUCGUAUCUCUGACAUGAGGCCCACCCUGGUGGAGCCAGCAAUGUACAAACCAAAGGUGGUGCUGCUGGGCAAGGACAAAAAAGAGUCGAUAGAUGAGGAGGUGGAUAAGCUCCACUGUCUGAACCACAGCGGCUCCUCAGCCACUUACUCCGACUACUCCCCCUCACAGGGCUCCUCAGGCUCCUCCAACCCACCCGCCAACACACACUCACACACACACUCUCACACACACCAACACGCUCCGGGCCUGCCACCCCCCAGCAAGGACCAGGCUCCUCAGACACACUGGACCAACAGACUGGCCCAGUCAUUCCCCAAGCCCAUUGACUCCAAGCCCCUACUAUCUCAGAGAGAAACCCCUCCGUCAGGAACCCUGCAGCAGCGUGGGGAUCGACGCCCACUGAGUGAGCCUUUUGACUGGUCUCAGGCUCCUCACUAUGACAACACAGGUUUUGAUGCUGAGGAGUCUCCUCUGGACCCUCCAUCAUCUACUGCGAAUCAAGGAAACCCUCCACUGGGCUCCAAACCCCGCAGCCAGUCAGCACAUGGACGCCGCCCGCUCCUUAGGCAAGAGCGAAUCGUAGGAGUUCCACUGGAACUGGACACCCAGACGCUCCCCUUCCACACCAACCAACGCUCCACCCCAGACAAUGACCCACAGUCCUCCGCACCUCCACAGAAUCCAUGGCAGAAUUGGACCCGGACCCCUAGCCCGCUGGAGGACAGAACUGCUUUUCCCUCCAAGUUGGACCUGACACCAACCUCCAGCCCCAACCCCGACCGCAAGGAGAUGGACUCGAGACUGGAACAAGGAGCAGGUCCAGGCAGCUGGACAUACCACAAUAAUCCAGGGGAGCAGAACAGGAAGGAUCAGCUCAGUGUCACUGGGGGCAACAAGGUGACGGUUGUGAUGAGUAAAAGCUCGGACCGCCUAUCUCCCAUGAUGAAGGAGACAAGGUCCAAGUUUAAAAAGUCACAGAGCAUUGACGAGAUUGACAUUGGCUCCUACAAGGUCUACAGUAUUCCCAUAGACAGCUAUAGUUCAUCCAUUGAGCAGCAGACCAGUUUGGACCGCUCAGACCUUCCCGGUUCUAUGGAGCAGACCAGUAUGUCUAGGUCGCAGUCUGCGCCCAUGUUAGAUGAUGAAGUGGGCUUCCCAGGACAUGGAGCUGGCAACCAGAACCAGCCAGCACACAACCAAAAACCUGCCAUUCCACAGAAAGCCUACCACUUUGACCAGAACUACAAUCCCCAGGUGACCAUGGACCGUCGGGUCCCCCCUCCCUUCCCAAACACACCGGAUUAUGUCAACCACUCAUCAAAAGCAUUGGAGUACAUCAACCAAACAGGGAAGACAUUACCUAAGGAGUUGGUGAGUCCUCGGUAUCGUGCAUAUCCACCACUGGAGAUGUUUUCUUUCCCCCAAACUCCGGUCACCCAGGACGGUCUGCCCAGCCAGCAGCAGCAGCCGAUCCCAGCACAACGGUCCAGGCCAGGGUUUUUGAGGAGGGCAGAUUCAUUAGUGAGCUCCACAGAGCUCGCUUUGUUUCGCAGAGUCCAUGAAGCCCAGCAGGAGGCGCUGCAGGAAGCUCAAUACAGGCAACAGGCGGAGCCCCCUCUUUAUGGUCGGGCUCUUGCCUACUCCACCCCCAUGGAGCACUCUGCUCUCACCAACAUGUCUGACAGCCAAAGCCAGAUGUUACACAGCAAGAGAAAUGGUCGUUAUGAUGAUGACUAUCCCACCUACCAGGAGCAGAAGAAGCCCAUGAUUGGGUAUCCGACCAAGAGCCUGACUCAGCGCCGCCCCCUGUCUGCCAGGAGCUAUAGUACUGAGACCUAUGGAGUAUCUCAGGUAGACCAGCUGUCAAGAGACAUAGCUGCUGCUGUAAGCUGUGCCCGCCCAGUGUCAGCUCGUCCCACCAUGGCUGCCCUGCUGGAGAAGAUGCCCCCUGACUACACCCUGGCAACCUGCCCUGAGAAAUCACCUGACGACACCAUCAAAGUAAGACCUGUUGUACCACAGAAACCUGAAGACAUCACCUCCAAGAUGCCUGCUGACUGGAGGCAACAGCUACUUAGGCACAUAGAGGCCAAACGAUUGGACAGGAGUGGUGUCCUAAAGCACAACACGCUCACGCUGGGCAUGCUCUGUCAGGGCGGGGGUCACGGCCAGGGGCGCAGCAGCACUUUGAACUUUAAUCUUUACAAUAACACUAAGCAUGAGCCCCCUGCUGGCUGCUGGCUGCCACUACCUCCUCCUCCAUCUGCUAAUGCUACCCCCUCUCAACAAGCUGCCAUGCUGGAUAAUGACCAGGAGGGGGUAUCAGCAGGCAACCAGUGGGCUCCUUACUCACUUGGCCGGAGGGAUGUACCACCUGACAACCUCAUGAAAAAGAGUGCCCACUCCCACAACCCUUCCCACCAGUCACACAGCACCAUGAUCGUCACUUCUUCUUCCUCUUCCUCGGCCACUACAUCUCAUCGUGUGGUCGGGCAGCAGGGCUACGAUGGGAUGAUGAACAAAGUGGGCCAGUAUCAACCAGGGAUGACUAUUUCAGUGGUCCCCUCUGGGGGCCCGGGGCAGUACCAAGGCAACAUGACUCAAGCCCAUCCCGCUCCUGGUCAGGCUUACCCCAGUGCUGGGCUGCCCAUGGCCCUGUCCUCGUCUGGAAACCAGCCCCAGUACAACCCCCAUACCUCCCAUCAGCCCUCUCUUCCUGCCACUAACCCCCAGUACCAUGGCAACCAGGGCAUGGUCCAUAGUAACCAGGUUGUCAUGGCCACUCACACCAAUCCACGGCCUCAGAGCGCUCGUUGCCUGUUGCAGACUAAAGGCCAAAAGAGCACGGACGGUUUCCAGGAACAGUUAUGUGUGAGAAUAGAGAAGAACCCCGGUCUUGGCUUCAGUAUCUCUGGUGGUAUCAGUGGCCAGGGGAAUCCCUUCAAACCCUCUGACAUGGGUAUCUUUGUUACUAGGGUACAGCAUGACGGGCCUGCCGCCUCCGCCCUGCAGCCCGGAGACAAGAUACUGCAGGCUAACGGACAUAGUUUUUUACACAUGGAGCACGAGACAGCCGUCUCUCUGCUGAAGAGUUUCCAGCGGAUGGUGGACUUGGUGGUUCUGAGAGACAGCAGUAUGUGCUAAAAAUAGUUUUAUAACAAACACAACACAACACAACAACGCUUCUCUUCCCUGCUCAUCGCCAUCCCACACCACCCCACCUGCCUUCCCUUGGAGGCUUGUGGAACUGAAAAAUGAGCCGCCUUUUUUACCUUUUUAGGGGAACAAACAGACAUUUAUUUGCCUAUUGCUGGACCAAAGGCAAAUAUUAGUGCCAAAUGUACCAUAGGAAACAUAUCGGUUCCUCUGUCCAGCGCCAGUCAGGGACCUGAUCCACUGCUAGACAGGCCACAAGAGGACUCUACAGUCCCUACGGGGCUGCUGCAGUAUGGACUUUGUGGUUGGUUUGUUCAUUAGGCAGUCUGAAGAGUUUGUUUUUGUUGGUUAGUUAGGGUUCUGGGGUAUUUUGCCUUUUUCCGCUGCCUCUUAUUUCGCUGUCCACAGUGAACUUUUAAUUAUUCGUUUGGUCUAGCACAUGGUUCACUUUCCGUGGUCUUCAUUGUUCCUCUGUUGGGUUUUUUUUCUUCUUUUUCUUCUUCUGUGUUAUAUAUUUUGUUCUGAUCUCCCUCUUUUAUUGUCUUGUGCAUCUGUCUUCUGUUCUGCCCUGCAGGAACUAUUGCCUCUAGUGUGCAGAAAUUGAAAACAAGAUUUUCUGUCUUGUGUAUAUACUUGGAGCUGCACCCUCACUGGGGCCUGGACAGCUCUAAAAGUUUAUGAUGAUUAUAACUGUUGAUAAAUCACAUCUGAAUCCUCGAUUAUGAACAUACAGAGGUCAUUUCAUUAUACCGCUGAUUUAAUUCUGUAUGGAAAACACUUUUCAUAGUUUGUCACUUGCUCUUUGUUUGUAAAACUGUUGCUUGCACAGCUGUGCUGAAAAGUGCAGUAUUUACUGUAUGAGGCUCAGACCACUGAGAUUUUUGGCAGAGUCUAACUUGUCCUGCAGUGCCAUCUAUUGAGUAAGUCAUGCUAAUGUUUACACACACUGCCACACGCUUGAACUAACUGGCAGACACACAGCACAAAUUCACUGGUGUGCUCUGUGCACUAUUGCAUAGCGAAGACCUGGCUAUGCUAUCUGAUUUUAAAUUUUAGAUGCCAUUAUAAAACCACCCUCACACACACGAACGCACUGUUUUCAUGUCUGUGCCAUAUUUUGAGGUCAUGUUGUUUAGCAUUGCUAGUACUGCUACUAUGCUAGCAUAGUAAUGUCACAUCCCUCUCUAACUGUUUUUGUAUAAAGUCACACCAUGCUUUCACAUCAUUGGUCACUACCAGCCCGCCACUUUCUGCUGGCUUCUGGAGCUCCAGACUCUGGAUGUGUUAUACCACUGAGUUUCAGUGAGACUGAUGUUCUAACGUUGGUGCCAUAUGGACCCUCUGCCCCUCCCUUGUUGUAUUUACAUAGGCCCAAAGUGUCUGAGUUUUACAGUACCUCUUUGUGGCCCAUAUCUGAUCUGCACACAGUAAAAGCAGCAUCGUGGCCUUUUUUUUUCUUCUUUUAACUCUAAACCUGUGUUCAUAUCAUCAGGUGUCUGCUCACAUCUGCUCUGGUGAUGUGUCCUGACCUCUGAUCCUCCUGUGGAAAAAGAAAGGAAAUUGUUCCUAUAAGAAUCAAUAGGUUUAACACACAGUAUUAGUGUCUUAAUGGGUAAAUUUGCAUGGACUCCAAUUUUCCCGUUUGAGACAAUCAGGAAGAGAUCUGAUCUGUGUCACGAAGGCUUCUGGCUACACUUGAAACUUCCUUUUAAUUUUUGUAACCUGGGGAAAAGCUAACUGACAAUAGAUGCACAGGGAAGUUUGCCAGCUUUGUUGGUGAAUAUUCAAAGUUGUAUAUGGAUCAUGUCCGGUUGGGAAAAAGUGAUGCAGACUCAGAUGUAGGAGCUGAUAUUGCAUGAGAUGUUUCUGGCUGAAGUUGGAGCCAUGGCAAAGUGGUCUUAUAAAAUCCAAAUUUUAUUGACAUGACAGAAGUCACCACAGAAAAAGACUGAAGUGGUUCGUUUUCUGUUUUUGUGUAAAUGCAACAUGUCCUGAAGAUGUUUCUUGUCAGUGAGUUUUGUUCUGUUCUGUGUAACAUCAGAUGUUUCAUCAGAGCAAAACAACAUCCGUCACUGCCCUCCGCUUUUACUUGACGUGGCGGUGUCACCCUGUGUCCAUUUUGUGUCAACUCUCCCAAUUAAGCAUCAGAAUUAAUUCAACAGGAGGGACACAAAAUGGCACAGAGUAUUUGUGUGGCUGAGAGAUCUCAACCACAGGUACCCACGCAACCCUAUGUAGAGUUUGAAAUAUUAAAGAUAUUGUGAUGAGAACAGAGAAAAAGGUUUGAUAAUAUAAUUAUUUUUUACUACAUGUUUCAGGUAAUUCUUUCUAAAUAUACUGAUAUACCUUAGCUUUGCUCAAAAAUUGUGAUAUUUUAUAAUGACACUUAUAAUAAAGUUAUGGAUGGAAAUACGCACAGUAUGACUUGGAGAUCUACACAUGUACUAUCUAAAACUGUAUAAAAUGUAUUUCUACUGUAAUUGUGAAUUUGUGUUAUAAAAAUAUAUAUUAUAUAUAUAUAUAUGUAUAUGACUAUAAAAACAGUCAUUUUCUAUGUGUUUAAACUAAAUAAGAGCUGAACAAAUGCAGAGGAUGGUGUUACUGUACAUAGCUGUGAAUGAAAUCCAAUUUAAAAUGACUCAUAUUGAUUGUGAAUGUACUCCUGCUUUCUGCGGUACCUACACCUACCCGACUUGAAUGCUGCUUCUUCUGUUCUGUGACAAAAAAGUACUUUGACCUCCGAAGAGAGAACCGCUGUUGCGUUAUAAGUUGGGAAAAUUUUAGUGCCGAUUUAACAGAACUAUUUAUUUAUUUAUUUAAUUAUUCAUUUAUUUAUUUUAUUAAUUUAUUUAUUUGCACAUGCAAGUUGAAAUCCUUCCAGUUUUAAGUUUGAGUAUUAAUGCAGAGAAAUGUAAUUGCUGAAGUAUAUAUAAUAUAUACCAUGUCUUUAGAAUGCAUUUUGCAGACGCUAUCUGUACAUACUAUUUAAGAUACAGUUUUUACAAAAAAUAAUAUAUGUAUAAAAUGAGAAAAUGCUUUGCAGCGAUUAUACUGGAGCCAUUUUGGGCUUUGGGAUGUACCAUUUUUUCAGUAUAUAAGAAGUGUUUUGAAUAAUGUACUAAAGUCUCUAUUGUACAAAUAAUAAAAAUGUCAC